UGCCAACCAGAAUCAGAGCUCCAACGACAAGGACCCUAAGACACACAGCAAGCCAAAGAAGGUGAGGCGGGAGCGGAGGGAUAUGGAGAAGGAUCCAUCCACCACCACUAUGUCCUCCCCUCCUCAUCCUCCAGUCCAGCAGCCCAGUGCGCAGCUGGCUGAGGCGGAGCCCUCGGUGCCCAUGGUUACUGCAGCUGGCGAGGCCUCGGCUCUCUCUGAGUCCCCUGCUUCGCCCAAACAGAGGAGGUCCAUCAUCAGGGACCGAGGUCCUUUGUACGACGACCCCUCUCUGCCCCAGGGCUGGACACGGAAACUCAAACAACGCAAGUCUGGGCGGUCCGCUGGGAAGUUUGACGUCUACUUGAUGAACCCAGAGGGGAAAGCCUUCCGUUCCAAGGUGGAGCUGAUUGCCUUCUUCCAGAAGGUAGGAGACACCGCCACCGACCCCAACGACUUCGACUUCACCGUGACAGGGCGUGGCAGUCCCUCCCGCCGCGAGAAGAGACCCCCAAACAAACCCAAGGUGAUGAAACCGUCAGGGAGGGGCCGGGGUCGGCCGAAGGGGAGUGGGAAGUUACGCCCGGCCAUGGAGGGCGUGGCAAUGAAGCGUGUGGUGGAGAAGAGUCCUGGGAGGCUCUUGGUCAAAAUGCCUUUCAGCGCAUCCAAGGCAUCUGAAGCGGCGGGGCAGCCGUCAUCGCAGGUCGUAGUCGCCAAGAUGCGCCCGGCGAGGAAAAGGAAGGCGGACACACAACCGCAGACUGCUCCGGAAAAGCGGGGGCGUAAGCCAGGGUUGGUGUCAGCGGCAGUCGGGGCGGUGGGUUCCAGUACUUCCUCAUACGCAGCGGCUGCUAUCCUCGCCGCAGAAGCCAAAAGGAAAGCUCAGAAGGAGUCUUCCACUAAGCCGGUGCAGCAGACCGCUCUACCCAUCAAGAAGCGCAAGACCAGAGAAACUGUUGAGGAGUCGAGAGACAUUCCAGCUAUAGCCAGGGCAGGGAUAGGGACAGGGAGUGCUGUGGUGGUGGCAGCAGCAGAGAGGACAGACCAGGGACAGAAGGAUCAGGGACAGAAGGAUCAGGGACAGAAGCUGCCAAAGAGUCCAGGGAGGAAGCACAUGGACAGUCCCGUGACUGCCGGGCUGACUGCAGAGGACAGUGCUGGGGCCAGCGUUUGGUCCAGUAUUGGGGCCAGUGGAGGCGGCAGCAGUAGCGUCACUACCCCAAAGAGUCACAGCCACAAGAGAAAAGAGCAUACGCCGCACAAACACCUUCAUCACCACCACCACCACCGUCGCCACAGUCACUCCUCUGUAGUGGAGGAUCAUCCUCAACCCUCCCAGCGGCCCCCUCACCACCACCGUCGCCACAGUCACUCCUCUGUAGUGGAGGAUCCUCCUCCCCCACCCUUCCAGCGGCCCCCUCACCAUCACUUCCCCGGCUUGACUAUGAGCCUGGUCUCCCAUACAGCCAGGGCCUCGGUGGGGCCAGGGGCCCUCCUGCAGAAUGAGCCCCAGGACCUGAGCACCUCCAGGGGCCCCUGCCGGGCCAGCACCACCACGGCCAGAGGAAAGAGAGAGGAGGUCAGGGAUGUCAGGCAGGACAGGUGUCCAAACCCUCCGGCAGCUGCAGUGGUGGGAAUGGGUGACACCAGGGCCAACAAGCAUCAAGUGGACGUGGCAGCAGGGACGGUGGAAGGGGGGGAUUUGAGAGACAUUGUAUCCUGCUUAGUCGUCCCCAGACCUAGCAGGGAGGAGAUGGUCUCAGUCGUCCCCAGACCUAGCAGGGAGGAGACGGUCUCAGUCGUCCCCAGACCUAGCAGGGAGGAGACGGUCUCAGUCGUAUCCAGACCUAGCAGGGAGGAGACGGUCUCAGUCGUACCCAGACCUAGCAGGGAGGAGACGGUCUCAGUCGUCCCCAGACCUAGCAGGGAUGAGACGGUCUCAGUCGUAUCCAGACCUAGCAGGGAGGAGACGGUCUCAGUCGUCCCCAGACCUAGCAGGGAGGAGACGGUCUCAGUCGUAUCCAGACCUAGCAGGGAGGAGACGGUCUCAGUCGUCCCCAGACCUAGCAGGGAGGAGACGGUCUCAGUCGUACCCAGACCUAGCAGGGAGGAGACGGUCUCAGUCGUCCCCAGACCUAGCAGGGAGGAGACGGUCUCAGUCGUAUCCAGACCUAGCAGGGAGGAGACGGUCUCAGUCGUCCCCAGACCUAGCAGGGAGGAGACGGUCUCAGUCGUACCCAGACCUAGCAGGGAGGAGACGGUCUCAGUCGUACCCAGACCUAGCAGGGAGGAGACGGUCUCAGUCGUCCCCAGACCUAGCAGGGAGGAGACGGUCUCAGUCGUCCCCAGACCUAGCAGGGAGGAGACGGUCGAGUCUCGGACGCCGAUCACUGAAAGGGUUAGUUGACUGCAUUGCAGGACCCAUGUCUGUAAGUGCAGCAGUGGAUUUUAUAAGAAAACAGCAAACAGAAGAUGUGUACAUAAAAACAAAAGGCAGCUGUUGGUUGAUGUUCUUUCUGUGGGACGGGCUGUUUAUUGACAAACAAAUAACGCAGCUUAAUGAACAACCCACAACAGAUUGCUUCCUGAUACAUUUUUACUUUUUUUGUUUUGUUUUUUUGUCGUUGUUUUGUUCUUUGUUUCUGCUUUAAACCUGUUAGUCAUCCACUGCGACCCAUGAUCCUUUGCUCAAAGCUUACAGGACGUGGAGGACCUACACUUCCUGUAUACAUCAUCAGCCGGAAACCAUGGUUUAAGAUAUCAUUGUGAAAAUGGGACUGAAACAGGGGUUGGAUUUGCCUAAAGCCAAGGCACCUGUCCUGUCUGGCCCUUUAUAAGUGACUUGUCAAUGUUGUUGUUCUGUGCUCCGUGGAUAGAGGCCUAUACAUGCACGCUUCCACUGCUUCUGUUGUAGCAUCCUCUUACUACCGCAGUACGCUCAGGAUGAGUGCAAAAUGGCACCCGAUUCCCCAUUUUAAUGCACAACUUAUCGGGUCCUGGUCAAACAGAGUGCACUGCGUAGGUAAUCGGGUGCCAUUUUGGAUGAAGCCUCGGUUUUCAGUCCACUCUCUACAGUCCAGGCCUAUUCAUUUUAGGUGACAUAUGUUUUCCUCAACCUAUAUUAUGUCCAUGCGUCCCAAUUGGUACCCUAUUCCCUAUGUAGUGCACUACUUUAGACCAGGACCCUAAAAGUAUUGCACUACUUUAGACCAGGACCACUAAAAGUAGUGCACUACUUUAGACCAGGACCACUAAAAGUAGUGCACUAAUUUAGACCAGGAACCACUAAAAGUAGUGCACUAAUUUAGACCAGGAACCCCUAAAAGUAGUGCACUACAUAGAAAAGAGGGUAUCAUUUGGGAACCACACUGAAGCUUUGAAACUAAAACACUGUUGAUGCUGACAGAUAACUUGCUAUCUGAUGGUUGAGGUGAUGUAACCACAGGGUUUUAGAGGCCUAGAUACACCAAUGACGUGUGGUUUGAUGAACGUUUGGCUACUGAAAACAGGUUUCGUUUGAUUUCAAUGUGUUACGAUUACAAUCCUACUGAUGCCUUUUCUCGUCGUUUACUUAUGUAACGGAGGCUGACUGUAGUCCCACAGAUAAACAGAAGCCAAUUAUAGCAAAUAAUCAUUAAAACUGUCUUUUUUUAAUGAUUAUUUUUUACUAGUAAUGCAAAUUAGAUUUUACCCAGAUUCUCCUCAAUUGCAGUGUUUCCCCACAGUCAGACAGGAAGCUAAAAGCACAACUGGACCCAGGCCUUAUUAUAGCCAAUAUGCUCCAUGGAUUCGUCACAUUUUACCCAGAUUCCCCACAGUCAGACAGGAAGCUAAAAGCACAACUGGACCCAGGCCUUAUUAUAGCCAAUAUGCUCCAUGGAUUCGUCACAUUUUACCCAGAUUCCCCACAGUCAGACAGGAAGCUAAAAGCACAACUGGACCCAGGCCUUAUUAUAGCCAAUAUGCUCCAUGGAUUCGUCACAUUUUACCCAGAUUCCCCACAGUCAGACAGGAAGCUAAAAGCACAACUGGACCCAGGCCUUAUUAUAGCCAAUAUGCUCCAUGGAUUCGUCACAUUUUUGUUGUUGUUGUCAACACCUAAAGUAUCAAAACUUUUCUAAUACUCAAAUUACAUCCCAAAGACAUUAUCAAUAACCCACU